UCCGCCGAGGGACUCGCUGCCGGGGGGGGGACACGCAGGGGGACACCGAACACCUCCUUGUGUCCUGCCUGCCCCCCCCUCACGGGGUUUUGCUGACGUGGGGCUGCACCUCCCCACCCCCACCCCCACUCGUGUUCGUGUGUGGCGCUGGUGAAGGACCAUGAAGGUGAAGGUGAUUUCUGUCCUGGAGGACAACUACAUGUACCUGGUCAUCGAGGAGAGCACUCGGGAUGCCAUCGCGGUGGACGCUGCUGUCCCCAAAAGGCUGCUGGAAAUCAUCAGGAAGGAGGACGUGGUGCUCAGAGCCAUCCUCACCACCCACCACCACUGGGACCACGCGAGGGGCAACGAGGAGCUGGUGAGGUUCUGCCCCGGGCUGCAGGUGUACGGCGCCGACGAGCGGAUCGGGGCCCUCACGCACAGGGUGACACACGGCCAGGAGCUGACGUUUGGGGCCAUCCGGGUGCGGUGCCUCUUCACCCCCUGCCACACCUCAGGCCACAUGUGCUACUUCAUGUGGGAGGAAGGCUCCCCAGACGCCCCAGCUCUCUUCUCAGGUGACACCUUGUUCGUGGGAGGCUGUGGGAAGUUCUUUGAGGGGACAGCUGAGCAGAUGUACACCAACCUCACCCAAACCCUGGGCACUCUGCCAAAGGAGACGAAGGUGUUUUGUGGCCACGAAUGCACCGUCCGGAACCUCAAGUUUGCCUUGAAAGUGGAACCUGAGAACGAAAUGGUGAAGAAGAAGCUGGCCUGGGCCAAACAGCGGGAUGACGAGGACCUGCCCACGGUGCCCUCCACGCUGCAGGAGGAGUUCCUCUACAACCCCUUCCUGCGUGUCACGGAGGAGGCCUUGCAGAAGUUCACAGGCAAGACAGACCCAGUGGAGGUGCUGAGGAGCCUCCGCACCGAGAAGGACAACUUCAAGAAGCCCAAGGAGCAGCCCAACCCCCAGGCCAUGCUCGCCUUCGACUGGGGACUUUUCAGCCCCUUCCUGGAGAAGAAGUGAGCUCACUCCUGGAGCAGGGGCUCCCAGUGCCCACCAUGGUGGUGGGGGCUUCCUCCUGGCCGUGUCCACCCAGCUCUGACUGCCCUCCUGGAAGGUGGUUUCUGUCUCUAACCUGCUCCUUCUGAGGCUGCUCUGCUUGGCUUCCCCCAGCACCCUGCUGGCUCCCCUGGGCCACAGGAGCUGUGCUGAGUGCCCAGUCCCUGGGGAGUGGAGCUUGUGAGUGCUGCCAGCCAGCAGUGAGGGCCCCCCUGGGUUGCUGUUGGUCUGCAGGUGGCUGUGGAGAGAGGACCACUCAUGCUCGUGAUGCUCAGGCUGGUGGUGCAGCAGCUGCUGCCCAUCCUUUGGCCUCUGGGGGCCAGGGGAUGAUAUGGAACAGGAAGGGACACUUGGUGACCAUGGUGCUGUACCCCUUAGCCCAACCAGCACCCACUGGGCUGUACUGGGAGAUCCUCCUGGUCCUGCCUGCACUUCUCCAGCUGUCCCUGAACCCUUUGCAGGCCCAGGGUGGGCAGGGAGCUGCCCAGCUCCACGGGCAGGGACUUGAGUGCCAAGGGGAAGCAGGGAUGGCACAGGUGCUCAGCAGCACCUACCUGACUCCUGGCCUGCCCUAACAGCACCCCCACUGCUGUGGGGGCUGGGUGGCUUUUCCCACCCCCAGUGUCCCCAGCUGUGGCUCACAGGAGUCAUCCAAACCACCCAGACCGUGCCAGGCACACCCCGGUGGAGUGGAGGCUGGAGCAAGCUGUGUCCAAGCCAGCAGCUUCAUGAAGCACUCCUGCAGGCUGCUGCUGCAUUGCUUUUGGCUGCUUGGCUGGUUUGGUUUUGCUUUUUUCCUUCAAGGUAAGAAAUUGGAUGAAACUUCUGUGCUUUUGCCUUGUCUUUAGAACAGGAGCCAGGGAGCAGCUGAGCCCCUCCAGCUUUUCAGCCUUCCCUUUGUGCACUGUCAGGGCUGAGUUUUGGGUUGGUUUAUUGAAGGCUUGAGGAAUGUACAAAGCUUUUCUUUGCAGGGGGUGUGGAGCUAGCAAAAUAGCUGCUUUGAGGGUGGAGGAUAAAAAAGUGAGGGCUUGGUGGUAGCUGUGCCACCCCCUCUGAGGAGCAGGGCUUGGGCAGCGUGUGAGGCAGUGACACAGCCCUGGGCUCCUCUUCCCCUCCAUGUGCAGUGGGAGUGCCUCAGUGCUGCUGUUUGAAGACAGAGAUGGUGAAAAUGCAGAGCUGGUCCCAGCCUCUCCCUUGUGGAGUUGAAGUGUUGAGUAGAUGCUAAAGUUCCUAACCCUGGGCUAGAGUUGUCUUGAGGGCCUUUCAUGUGUGCACUGAGCUGCAUCUGUUACUUCUGAGGUCUGGUUUGUUCUCUCCCUUGCUAGAGACCCAACCAAGGCUUUCUUUUUACCUUUUGUUAAGUUCUGCUCCCCCUCCCAGGGAGGGGCAAGAGCUAACCCUGCUGCAGAAGUUGCCUUUGCCUCAAGGUGACUCAGUGUAAGUGUCAGGGGGCACUCUGGGGAUGUUCCCCUGGAGCUCUGCAGUACAGGUGGCCCUGCCUCUGUCUGGGGAGGGCUCCUGAGCCAGCACCCUGCCUGCCCAAAGGCUGGGGGGAAUUCCAGCUGCUCUUGGUACCACAGCAAGAGCAGACCCCCAGGGCUGUCUGAGGAGCUCAGGUCUUGGUGUGCUCUGGGUGGAAAGUCCUUUGGUGGUGUGCUGGGGACCUGGGAACCUGGGGCAAUGCUUAAAACUGGAGCAGGAGAGAUUUAGGUUGGACAUUAGGAGGAAGUUCUGCACUAUGAGAGGUAAGAUACUGGAGCAGGGUGAGGCCCUGUCUGUGCAGACAUCCAAGGUCAGGCCCUGGGCAGCCUGCUCUAGUUGGAGGAGUCCCUGCUGACUGCAGGGGGGUUGGACAAGAUGCCCUUGGAGGGUCCCUUCCAACCUGGUGCAAUCUGUGACUCUGUUGUGGAUGUCCCCUCCCUGGAAGUGUCUUAAGGCCAGGCUGGAUGAGGCCCUGAGCAGCCUGGGCUGGUGGGAAGUGUCCCUGCAGGGGGCACAGGCAGGGGCUGGAACUGGAUGACCUUUAAGGUCCCUCCCAACCCAAACAAGAGACAAAAGGUAGAGCCCCAGCUGUUGAUCUGCAGCUGGUGUAGCUUGAGGGCUCUGUGCAUCCUGGCUUUCUCUACAUGCUCUCAGCAGAACCUCUGGGUUUCUUUUGCACUGAUGUAGUUAUGGCCUCAGCACUGGGCUGGCUCUCUUUGGCACUGGGCUGGCUCUCUUUGGCACAGGGCUGGCUCUCUUUGGCACUGGGCUGGCUCUCCCUGGCACUGGGCUGGCUCUCUUUGGCACUGGGCUGGCUCUCCUUGGUCUCCUGCUGUAGAUUCAAGUUUCAUGCUGGAGCAGAACACUCUGUUGUAAGAGCUAUGCAUGCAACCAGGGGGCCACCUGGCUCCUCAAAGGAAGGAGAGGCAGGGGCAGAGUCUUGCCUUCUCAACACUGUGAAUUCAACAUUUCAUCAAGAGCCUGGAAAAUGUAAAGCUUUUAAUUAAAACCAUCCAAAAAAUGCCUUGAACACUGCUGGCUUUCUGUAAGGAAGGAGUGGAGGUGGAUUUGAGAAGGACACAGGCAAGGUCUGCCAGAAGAGCUGGUACAAGGGGCAGGUCAAGGUCUGGAGGUCAUCUAGUCCAGCCCCUGCUCCAGCAGGGCACCCACAGCAGCUUGCCCAGGGGCACAAUGUCCAUCUGGAACCCUUCCUUGCCCAUUGUCCCUUGUCCUGUCCCUGGGCACCACUGAGCAGAGUCUGGCUCCAGCCUCUUCCCCCAGCCUUUACCUCUUGCUGAGCAUUGCUCAGCUCCCCUCUGGGGAUGCUCCUCUGCAGGCUCUCAGCCUUUCCUCACAGCAGAGAUGUUCAAGUCCCUUCAUCAUCCUCAUGGCCUCUGUGGGACUCUCUCCAGCAGGUCCUUGUCUCUCUUGAAUUGGGAAGCCCCAACCUGGGUACAGCAUUGCAGCUGUGGUCUCACCAGGGCAGAGCAGAGCUGGGGGGCAAGAACCUCCCUGGACCUGCUGGCCACACUUUCCUUGCUGCACCCCAGGACCCCCUUGGCUCUCUUGGCCACCAGGGCACUUUGCUGUCCCAUGCAGAACUUGCUGCCCACCAGCACUCCAAGGUCUUUCUCCAUGGAACUGCCCUGCAGCAGCACACCCCUGGUCUGUGCUGCUGCCCAGUGCUGAUCCUCCCCAGAUGCAGGACUCUGCCCUUGUCCUCAUUGAACUUCACUGCAGCCCCAGCCUGUUCCUCAUCCCUGGCUCCUGGCAGGGCUUCCUGGCAUGCAGCAUUAAACCAGAUGUGAUUUUACUGCCCUCUGGGAACUGCUCCUUGUAAUGAUUGCAUCUUACAGCCUCCUUCCAUUCCCUGUGUGAAGUUAACACCUUCCAGAGGCACCACAGGCUUUGUCCUUCACUGGGAAGAAAGCUGGCAAGGAAUUCUUCCUUAGAACACCUCUGAAUUUGGUGUGAUCCACCAGGACCUGGCUGGGCUGGCUGUGACAGCUCUGUCACUCUCUCUACCAUUUAUUUAGGGAGAGAAAAGCUUUGCCCACAGUUGGAGACAAAUGCUGUGACUGAAGGGUUUGUCUUCUUCAGUACUCAUCCACAUCCCAUCUCAGCAGAGCAGCCCCAGAGAUGAUGCUUCUCAGGUGAUCCCUGCUGAUCCCACAGACCCUGCAGAGAAGUGGAAAACCAGACCCCAAGGUCCAGGUUAAACCCUGAAAGGAGGAUGUCCUGAGAGGCAGCCAGAAAGCAGUGGCUGCAGCUGUGCC